CAAAUUCAAAGUUUUUCCAACUUUUAGUAUAGUCAGGACAUCAAAAAAUGUACCACCCAACAUCAGGACUUCACUACAGAUAAAACUUAUGAAAAAAGAGAUAUGUUCACAUUAUAGUAAACUUAAUUACAUCAAUUGUAAGCUUAAGGCACUGAAGAUGUUCUGUUUAGAACGAAAACGUUCUGCAAUCGAUGACAUUUUAUAGUUUUUAAAUAAACGAUUUUAUACCAGAAUACAUCUCGAAGUUUUUACUUCUGUAUUGGUUUUUUAAACUAUGGUAUACAGCCAACUAUUGGGAUUUUCCCAUUGAUUUUUUAUUAAUGACAGUAUGGUCAAUUUGGCUCUUCAGUAUUUGCGACUAGCAACACGACGAAACAACUUGAAACUCGAUAUAUGGUUUAUUCAACAGUGUCUCAAAUUCAAAGUUUUUCCAACUUUUAGUAUAGUCAGGACAUCAAAAAAUGUACCACCCAACAUCAGGACUUCACUACAGAUAAAACUUAUGAAAAAAGAGAUAUGUUCACAUUAUAGUAAACUUAAUUACAUCAAUUGUAAGCUUAAGGUAAUGUAUGAUUCUUUGCUCGAUAUUAUAGGAUUCAUUAACUUCAAUAAUUUUUUGACAGAUGUGCAUGACAAGGUAGAUGCUUCUAACACAAUUAAAUUCAAUAGAGUACAUAACAAGCUUAUUAAUCUCAUUAGAGACAAAACUGUAUAUGAUCAAGCCUCUCAGGAUAGAAAUAACAAUAAAAAGUUUUCAGAUUUUCAAUUCCACCCUAGAAUAAAGAACCUUACCGAUAUCAGCUUUUCAACAGAUGAAAUCAAAUUAUUAAACUAUGGUCUCAAAUACUCCGUCCCUAAAGAUUUAUCUUUACACGAUCUUGAGAGUCUAUCUAUUGAGACAGAUGUAGUAAUCCAAAACCUUUCAUUAUCUCUUUCGCAAAGAACGUCAACUAGAAAUUCCUGUUACCGUUACAUAAAUAAAUAUAAAAAUAAGAUUUCUUCAUCUUCAAAUUCUUCUUCUUCUCAGAACUCUUCUUUUAUUGAUAAUCUAUCAUUUAAACAAGCUCAAUCUCAUCUCAAAACUCUUAAAUCAAUUAAACAUAAAAUUGCUAAUCACAACCUAAUUUUUUCUAAAGCUGAUAAAGGUAAUUGUUUGGUUAUUCUAGACCGUGAUACUUACAACAAUAAAGUUUCAUCUUUUCUAGAUGACAACCACUUCAUUAUUUUACCAACUGAUCCUUCCAAGAGAUUCAUAAGUAAAUUGAAAGAUAACAUCAAAAAACACUCUGAAUUUUUAUCCAAUUAUGAGGCCCCUUACAACAAACUGCCUGGCAACCCUCUUAUUCCGAGGUUGUACGGUUUACCCAAGAUACAUAAAGUUGGAAUUCCUAUACGUCCUGUCGUCAGUUUCAUUAACACUCCAGUUUCUAUUUUAUCAAAAUUCAUACUCAACACCUUAAAAAAUUUAAUCAACUUCACACCCCGUUUUACUGUAUCAAAUUCAUACCAAUUAGUUGAUAAACUUCAACUCAUCAAUCUCAAUCCAGACAUAACUAUGCUUUCUUUUGAUGUAAGCAACCUAUUUACUUCAGUGCCCAAAAUCGAAACUUUAAGUCUGGUAAAAUCACUCUUAGUCAACAAGUCUUUUCAGCCCAAUGUCAUUUCACCGAUACUAGAUAUCCUUGAAUUAUGUCUAUCUCAAGAUUUCUUCCAAUUCAACAACAAAUUCUAUAAACAACCAGAUGGUUUAGCAAUGGGCAGUUGCUUAUCCCCAUUCCUAGCUGAUGUCUUUAUGGAUCAUUUAGAGUCCAAUCACAUUAUGAAAAAUCCAGAAAUUUUACAUUGGUUUCGUUACGUAGAUGACUGUUUGGUCUUCAUCGCUGGACAUCAUGACUCAGCUCAACAACUACUUCUUAAAAUUAACUCAAUUCACCCUAAUAUCAAAUUUACCAUGGAACUAGAAUCUUCUCAGGCCAUUAAUUUCCUUGAUUUAUCUAUUACCAGACUUAACAACCAAUUCAACUUUGGUAUCUUUCGUAAACCCACCCAAACUGACCAUGUAAUUCAUUUUUCUUCUAAUCAUCCUCUAUCACACAAACUAGCAGCUUUCAGAAGCUUCAUACACAGACUUUUCUCUAUACCUAUGUCAACAGAUUCUUUCAACAAAGAACUCAACAUUAUAAAACAAAUAGCUGUCAACAAUGGUUACGAUCCCUCUAUAAUAGAUAAACUCAUCCGUAAAAGAGAAUCUAAAUUGCUUCAAAAUUCUGCUUUCCAUCAGUCAUCUUCCUCUUCUGCUAUUUACAGGUCACUACCAUAUCAUAACCCACAUCUAUCUGAAAAGAUUAAACGUAUUGUAUCUAACUCUUCUGAGAAUAUACAUAUUUCUUUCAAAGUUGGAAAUACCCUUGGCCACUUUUUGACAAAUACUAAGGAUACAAUACACUAUAUGAAUCGUAGUGGUGUUUAUAGACUGACUUGCUCUGAUUGUGAUGCCUCUUACAUCGGCAGGACUUACAGAUCACUCUCAACCAGAUCUGCUGAACAUUCUAAAAGAGACACUACAUCAGCUUUUUCCCAUCAUUUGAAAGUUAAUAAUCAUCAUCUCGACAUCCCUGAUGGUGUUAAAUUAAUUCAUAACAUCCAAGACAGAAACAAUCUACGCCUGGAUUUGUACGAGGACCUUGAGAUUUCCAGAGACAUGAGGACCAGCCCCAAUUGCGUUAAUCGUCAAACAACUUUAAAUCGUCCUUUCACUCCUAUCCAUCGACAACUAUUCCCUUAAUCCAACCCUAGUUUUCUCUCAUUUUUCCUCUCACCCCCCUUCCCCUAUACUCCUAUUCUCCAUUUCCCCCUCCCCCUCUUUUCCCACUACCCCACUAGUUUAUAACAGUCUUCUCUUUCCAUACUAAUCACCCAUUAACACAUAUCUCAACUUGCAUUUCUUUUCAACUUCAUUGCUGCCUCCCCCACUAUCCCAUCCCUCACACAGUUUUGAUUCUUCUAUUUUCCUAUCCUUCAUAUUUUUCUCCACUCCUAGUCAUUUCUGGUUUGACCUUGUGUCUCUGUCUCUUUUUCAGGUCCUCUAUAUCUCAUCUCACUGUCUCAUCUCCUGUCUCUUUGGAAUGUUCUUCACACUCACUUAUCCUGUUGCCUGUUAUGUUACUUACUCAUUUUCUCUCAUCUCCGCUUACAAUAAUAAAAAAAAAAAAAAAAAAAAAAAAACACCAUACAUCCAAUCACUCUGGUCUGUCAUAUAUAUCACUUUCCUUACUUAGUAACAUUCUGUCACUGCUUUCUUUUUAGAUUCUUAGACUUUACUUAACAAUAGGAUACUGCACACCUAUAUCCAUUACGACCCAUUCAGUCAAACUUCUUUCAUAAGUUUUAUUGCAUUCACUAUUCUUCUUUUUUCAUCUAUCUUUUCAUUUCCAUUCAUAUCAGGCAACUUCCAAUAUCCAUUUAUCCCAAUUUAAAAUAAAAAUUUUUUCACAUUUUGCAUUUGUUUGAUUUCAGUUACAAUCACAUACGUUCAUAAAGUUUGUGCACUUACAUAUAUAUCAUUUAGUUCUGUCUAUUUUCUCCACUAUCACCAAUAGAAAUCAAUCUCAUACUUUUCUAUUUCAUAUACCCAUUCAAUUUAGAUUCUUCUUUACAUACUGACACCAACCCACAAUUUGACCUAUAUUGGUAGCUCUCAUUCUAAUUAUUUUAUUCACUAUUCCACGUUGGUAGACUAUCAAGAUACAUUACUUCCAAUUCAUUCAGUCCUUUCAAAACUACAUAAAGAUGAAUUAGACUUUAUGUCACAUAGUUUAAUUUUAUUAUUUUAUUACAUACUCUCAUUCAUUUCACAAUACUAUAUACAAUCAUAUCCUUCACACAUAUAUCUACCUCACUAACAGUAAUCUUUAGUUAUUUAAUUUUGUUAACAACUAUUUUCCAACUUUUAACAGACAUAAUUAUUCAUUACAAUAGUAUAAUAAUAAAUUUAACACAACAUAUAGCCACCUUUUGUAUAUAUACUGUUUUCUCGCAAUAUUCUACCGUUUACCUUCAACCUGUUGUCUGCUUGCCUUGUUAGGCAACCAACAUUUCAUCACAUAAAAACACUCUUAAAUUCUGGUUUUCUCGGCUUGUUUAGCUUUGUUUUUCCAUGCAAGUCUAAUUAUCUUACUAUGUAGUGUAUUUCCUUGUUUCCACAAACUUAACUUUCAACUCGUCAUUUCACAUCCGAUGACGUCACAACUUAAACCACGUAAUAUAUCUGCAUUAAAUUUAAUGAAUCUAUAAGUUAUUCUGGAAUAGAGAGUUGCUAAUUUAAACUUUACAGUAGAUUUUAUUAUUCAAAUAAUUUAAAUUAUUUUUGCAGACAAACCUCCGCAUUUUAUUAAAAAAUCCAAAAUCAAAUGAAACUUUAACCAAAAAUUGGCUUUAUCUUGUCAUGUCAUGUCACCCUUGUCAAAUUGUAAAUCCACUUCAUAAUUUCUCAGUUGGUCUGUGCCCAUUGAAUUGGCAAGUACCUAGUAUCUUCGAGCAGGGAACCAUGGCACCCUUUUAGCAUUUGUUCCACUUUAUCCAUUAACAUCGACUUGUAGUCAUAACAUUUUAACAUAUUACAUUAUGUAAACCAUAUAUGAUGAUGUUAACACUAUUUACGGUGUGCUAGUUUCAAAAUACUCGACAGGAUGUAAGUAUUCCCACACUUUUUUCAUUUUAACAGUCACAUUUUUAACCCUUUGCUUUAAUCUAACGUGGAAAUACUUCAUUCUAGGCACUGAAGAUGUUCUGUUUAGAACGAAAACGUUCUGCAAUCGAUGACAUUUUAUAGUUUUUAAAUAAACGAUUUUAUACCAGAAUA